UUGGGUGCAGACCGCGCUGCGGCGUGGUAGGGCCCCCGGUCCUCCGCGGGCCGGGCAGCGGAGCGGGCGCGGCUGGCGGUGCGUGGAGGUCCCGGUUUGCUCGGGGCAGCGGCUGAGGGGUCGCUCGGGGCUCGCUUUUCGCGCGUGGCAGCGCCCCCCGGGUGCUGGGGGAGGGGCGGCCGAACAGCGGCAGGGCGCUGCGCUCGGGGCCUGGCGCUGAAGCGAGGGCCGCGGCUCCUGCUGGCGGAGGGAGGGAGCGAGCUCGGCGCUGCGCAGGAGGCUGCACGGAGGCCAAGCUGUUCCUCGGUGGCGCCUUCGCCGUCCGCUCCCCUCUCCGCUCUUGGCGGCUGCGGUGAGUCAGCGUCGGGCCGCGCCCCGCCUGCCCCCCGCGGUGACUGGGCAGCGCCGCCGCUCCUGGUCAUGCUCAGGCAUGUCGAGCCGCGGCCGGCCGAGGAGCUAAGCCCCGACUUGCCUCUUGGCAGCGCUAUAUAAGGCCCGGCCCGGCCCGACUCGGCCCAGAAACCUGCUGCCGGAGCUCGGCGUGUGGGCUGGACAAGGGCACCGAGGCAAAUGUGCAAUACCAAGAUGUCCUCCUCUCUUUCGGAUGCCGCUUCUGUCACCACUUCGGAGCAAGAGGCGCUGGUUAAGCCAAAGCCCCUGCUGCUGAAGGUGUUAAAGCUAGCUGGUGCCGAGAAGGACACUUUUACUAUGAAGGAGGUAAUAUUCUAUCUUGGACAAUAUAUUAUGUCUAAGCAAUUGUAUGAUGAAAAACAGCAACAUAUUGUACACUGUGCAAAUGAUCUCCUGGGGGAUUUAUUUGGAGUAACCAGUUUUUCAGUAAAAGAACACAGGAGACUAUAUUCAAUGAUAUCCAGAAAUCUGAUAGCAGUCAAUCAACAAGGCUCUGCACUUCCUGACAGACCUGAGGAUGAUAGCAGACUGCAUCUCCAGGAAGAUAAUGUUCUUAAGGAAUCUAUGCAAGAGUUGGAAGAGAAGCAGACUUCAUCAAACGUGGCCUCACGACCAGCUACAUCUUCUAGGAGGAGAAAUCACAGUGAAUCUGAAGAAAAUUCUUCAGAUGAUCUGCACAGCGACAGAAGGAAACGCCACAAGUCAGACAGCAUUUCCUUGACCUUUGAUGAAAGUCUCUCAUGGUGUGUAGUCAGUGGUCUGUGCCGGGAGAGAAGCAAUAGCAGUGAUUCUACAGAUUCUCUUUCCAUUCCUGAUCUUGAUGCCAGUUCCUUAAGUGAAAAUUCUGACUGGUUUGACCACAGCUCUGUUUCAGACCAGUUCAGUGUGGAGUUUGAAGUUGAGUCUAUUUAUUCAGAAGACUACAGCCAUAAUGACGAAGGACAGGAGCUCACAGAUGAAGAUGAUGAGGUCUAUCAGCUGACUAUCUACCAGGAUGAAGACAGUGAUGCUGAUUCAUUUGAUGAGGACCCAGAGAUCUCUCUAGCUGAUUAUUGGAAGUGUCCCAAAUGCAGCGAAAUGAACCCUCCGCUUCCACGGCACUGCCACAGAUGCUGGGCCCUUCGUGAGGACUGGCUUCCAGAAGAAAAGAGGGACAAAGUGGAAAAGAGCAAGUCAGAAAGUUCCUCCCCUCUAGAGUCUGAAGGGUUUGAUGUGCCUGACGGCAAGAAAGCGCAAACACCCGAAGAGAAGGAACCAGCUGCGGAGGAGGACAAGGACAAAGCAGCACAAAUCUCUGAGUCCCAGGAAAGCCAAGAUUAUUCCCAGCCCUCGACAUCCAGCAGCAUGUUCUGUAGCAGCCAGGAGGACUAUAAGGAACCUGAGAAGAGGGAAGUGCUAGACAAAGAGGAAAGCGCAGAAUCCAGUCUGCCUGUGAGCAGCAUAGAGCCCUGUGUCAUCUGUCAGAGCAGACCCAAGAACGGCUGCAUAGUCCACGGCAAAACAGGACACCUCAUGUCCUGCUUCACCUGUGCCAGGAAGCUGAAGAAGAGGAACAAGCCCUGCCCGGUGUGCAGGCAGCCCAUCCAAAUGAUUGUACUAACUUAUUUUAGUUAGGUGGAAAGCAGCAAAAGCCUUUUCACAGACUGCUGAAGAGAAAAGAUGAUAUUUUUGUAUGCUGAUUGGAAAAAUUACUAUUUUGGGUCUCUCUUAAUGUUUGGUGUGGGAAGUAAUGGC